UCGUUCAUGAGAAGGAUUCUUUUUGAUUUUGUGUUGUUGUCAUGAUAAUCAUCUCACAAAAGUGUGUUGUGAUCAUAGCAGUUCAAUAGACAGAGCGCUGUUAAAACAAACAGUGAACUGUUCAAACAAUUCAGAACGCAGAUAAAUCUGACGCACAGACAAACAAUUAGAGCGAAGUGGGCGGGGCAUGCGAAUCAAUUUUGUAUUUUGAAUUGAAGACUUGACUUUUGAAGAUGGAACUGGCGAACAGUGUGUUAGAAAAUCUCACCCUCGCUGGAGAUGAUGUGCGGAUCCCUGCUAAAUGUUUUAACGUCUUGGUUACUCGGGCGUGCCAAGGAGUGUUGGACGUUAAACACAGAGACGUCCCCGAGACUGACCCGGCGGUCAAGGAUGUUGACAAGGCGACAUUAAAGGCUGCGUACAGUGGUCUUGUGACGACCAUCCUGGAAGCCGCCAAACACGAUUGUGAAGCAGCAGCCACUGGAUCUCUCCUCGAAGAAUGCAAGUUUUCGCCAGACAGAAUUAAUACCUUCAACAACAUCUUCAUGUCACAGAAGCAGUACAUUCAAAUCCUUCUGGGAAGUAUUGGUAGGAGCCCACCGCAUAUUGUAGAUGUCGACUGGCGUUUAGAUUACUAUAUUAAAAAUAACCACUUGGAGAAGGUUAAUGAACCAGUGUAUCUUGUGUGUUUAAAGACAGAAGUUCCAGAAUCGUCUGAAAUCAAAGAUAUCCAGUUUUCAUGUUCGCUGGAACAACUUCAGGAUUUUGUGGGCAAACUUAAAGAUGCAACCAAGUGUUUAGAGAAAAUAGGACAGUUGUAGUGUUCAUGCAAGUAUAUUGGAGAUAUACUGUGUGGGUGGUUAGGUCCUUUAGUCACCACAAUGUGUUAAAGAAGAAUGUAUUAAAUUGAAUAAAAUAACUUUUUACAGCCUGAAACAAUCCACUUUGACGGAGAGACAAUAUGUUAUUUACUACACUCUGGACAUCUCAUUUAUAACAAUGUAUGUGUAUAUAACAUGUAUCUGUAUAUUCCAAUGUUAUUAUACUAAAUAUUUGUAUUUGCAAUAAAUUUAUUAAUGUGU